GAUUUACCAGAUACAAUUCAUAUCGGAGGGAGGAUCUCACCAAAAACGGUGUGGGAUUAUAUUGGCAAACUUAAAUCCUCCGUAUCAAAGGAAUUGUGUUUAAUCCGUUUCCACCCAGCAACAGAAGAGGAGGAAGCUGCCUACAUCUCUCUCUACUCCUAUUUUAGCAGCCGGUGCCGAUUUGGAGUUGUAGCUAAUAACAACAGACAUGUCAAGGACCUGUAUUUGAUUCCCCUCAGGGCUAAGGAUCCCAUUCCAUCCAAACUUUUGCCUUUUGAGGGACCAGGUCUUGAAUCAAACCGUCCAAAUUUAAUUCUUGGAUUAGUGAUUUGUCAAAAAACGAAGCGUCCUGCAACUGUAUUGGAGCCGGAAAAGCCUGAGGAGAAGAGGAGCCGAGUCCAGAUACAAGAAGAAACAGAAGUAUUAGGAUACUCUAAGGGCAGCACGCUUCCCCCGCCAGAAAAGAAAACUGCAAAAUUUUCUUUGUAUUCUGGAGAAACCACAAUCAGUACAACACCUCCUGAUUCUCCUCCACCUCCACCUCCAAAUCCACCUUCAGAACCAUCUUCAACCAUGGCACCUUCUGUAUUAAAAAUACUGUCAUCCGUUAAAGCAGGGAGCUCAUCCACCGUGGCACCAUCGAAUGCUUCAGGAGCUACCACUACUCCUGUGUCUUCUGCCAGUUCCUCAGCCUCAAAAUCAUCCACACCACUUGAUCACAUUUUGCAAACCCUUUUUGGGAAAAAGAAGUCUUUUGAUCCUGCCGCCAAUGAGCCUGAAGCUACUCCUCAUACCUCGAAGCCCGAAGCACAGGUGGGGAGUGACGAAGGGCCACUUGCUGCUCCUUUAAUAGACCCUAUUGUGCAACAGUUUGGACAGAUGUCGAAAGACAAAGCUAUCGAGGAAGAGGAAGACGACAGACCUUAUGAUCCCGAGGAAGAAUAUGCUCCAGAGAGAGCUUUUGAAAUGCAGGCUGGCGAAAGCAGACUUGAGAAGGGCUGUGAAACUUUGGAACGAGAGGAUGAAGCCUACGAUCCAGAAGACGAAACCAUCUUAGAAGAAGCAAAAGUUGCCGUGGAAGAUUUGCCUAAUAAAAUGUACUUGGACUCUAAAAACAGCUCCAUAACCACAUCUGCUCCCUUCGUUCCUGAUGCGGCUCCUGCGCCGUCCUUGGUAGAGCAACAGAAAAUGCUCGAGGAGCUAAAUAAACAAAUAGAAGAGCAGAAAAGGCAGCUCGAAGAACAAGAGGAAGCGCUCAGGCAACAAAGGGCAGCUGUUGGUGUCUCCAUGGCUCAUUUUUCGGUAUCUGACGCUUUAAUGUCCCCGCCUCCCAAACCAUCCAUAGCAAAAACUGAAUUAUUCCAACACGAAAAACCCAUUUCUGAAAAAUCUGAAAUGCCUCCUUCCUCCAUUCAGCCGCAACUCUUGGGCCAAGGAAAUGAUCCCAGACAAAGCAGAGAUCCCCGACAAGCUAGGAGAAUCCUAACGGAAUGUAAUGAAAGUGUCGACUUUAAUAUAAAGCAGCAUGGGAUACAGGGAGAACCCUCUGCUGGACAGAUCCCUCCACCCAGCUAUUCAGGUCCACUCCAGGCGGCGUUUGACAAAGAGGAGAAAUGUCACAAUGAAACAUGGAUGGCAAGUGAAACGGGUCCUCCUGCUGUCCCUGAGCAAAAUGUGCCUCUCAGUUAUGAAAACAUUCCGCAAAUUCACCCGGAAAUUAUAAAUAAACCAGCUCCCAUUGAAUCGCCUACGAGUGCGCCUAUUCGUAAAGUAUUGCUGCCUACCCCUCCCACGCCAUGUUUCAUGCCCGUUUUCUCAGGCUCUAAUAAUGCACAGACUGUAACUUGGUCAAAUGCCUCUCAGGACAACAGCGUCCCAGGGAUCGUAAGAGAUUCUUUUCCAAGUUCAACAUUUGUAUCUCAGGAGAAAAUUCCUGGUCACUUUGAAGCAGAAAGAGGUCCGUUGAAUUAUAACGAAGGCGAAGUCCGUCCUCAAUCCAGCCAUUUUUACGAACAGAGGGAGUCUUCUACAAUUCAGACUGAAGAAGUAAGAGGAGUCCCUCCUUUUCCCCCAGCUGGGCAAAAAGUUGCCCCUCCGGUACUGUGUAAUGCUUCUGAUUUCCACGGGCAAAGGGGUCCCCCCCAGCCAUAUAACGAAGGACAUAACGUUCCACCAAACAAUGAUGGACAAAGAGGUCCACCACCAAGCAGAUUUUCAGCGCCAAGAGCACCUAUUCCUUCAUUAUUUUCUGCACCACAUGGUCCACCUGUUUUUGUUGAAAAUAAGGGCCCUUCUCCAUCAUUUCCUGGUGGGCCAAGAGAAAAAGCACCCUCUCAAUUUGAAGAUCACAGAGAAUCUCAAGCAGAACAGAGAGAAUUUUCAGAUUCUCAGUAUCAUGAGGUGAGCGGUCCAUCUGGCCAGUUUGAAGGAUCUGAGCCUCUGCAGUUUGUAGGAAAUCGAGGGCCACCUCCAUUUUCUUACGGAGGCCAAAGGAGGCCUCCGCCCAAUCAAUUUAAAAAUCAAAGAGGGGGCCCAUCAACUCAGUUUGGAGGACCAAGAGGUCCAUCACCUAAUCAUUUUGGAGGUACAAGAGGUCCUCCUCCAAAUCAGUUUGAAGGACAAAGAGGACCGGCACCAGGUCAUAUGCCAGGACCAAGGGGACUUCUGCCCUCACCAUUUGAAGAGAGGAGAGGAAGCCCACCCCCCAGAUUUCCAAACCAGAGGGGCUCAGCAUCACAUCAGUUUGGAGGACCAAGGGGACAGGCACCUGCCUCGUUUUCAGAACAAAAUGACUCUGCCCCUAACAGACAUAAUUUCCCAGGACAGUCUCAACAAGGCAUGAAACCAUCCCCCAGACCUCUUUUGGAUCUUCCAAGCCAUCCUCCACAACACAGGAAAGAGAUAUGGGAUGAAUCUGGCCCAUCUUCUUCUCAUCCUAAUAUUUCAGGGCAGGCUUCUUCAUCAGACGCACAGUGGCCAGCGUCUGAUUUUCGAGAGGGUCGAAAUAAUGACUACAGAGGCCAGGGCUUUGACAGGGGGCCGAGGGAAAGAUUUGAGGGAGGCAAUAAGGAAAAAGUGUUAGAGCAGCCAGAGAAAUCAGACAAUAGAUCCAACAGAGGAAAUGAUGAUAGACGGAGGGAUCGCGAGCAUAAUUGGGCUUGGGAAAGGGAUCGCGGCAGAAAUUGGAAUAGGGGUAGGGAAAGAGAUUGGGAGAGACACAAAGAGAAAGACUGGGAUAAAAACAGAGAUAGAAACUACAAUAAAGACAGGGAAAGGGAGUCAGACCGGGUCAAAGAUUGGGAAAGGAACCGGGAAAGACCUAGGAUGAGAGAAUGUGAUUCUUAUCGAAGACGGAACCGGUCCAGAAGCAGAGAACGUGACUACGAUAGAUUCAGGGACAGGGCCCGCAGCCGGGAGAGAGAGAGGGACCGAGAUAGGGACCGUGACAAAGAUAGAGGAAGGGACCGCAAGGAGCGGAGCAAAAGUACAGAAUGUGAUAGAGACUCUAAGCCAGAAUCCCAGAUGGGCACCCAAAAGCCAUCACAUCCAGAAGCUGCUUCUGCUAAGUAGACUCUUCAGCAAGGAAUCCCUUAGAAGUAAAGGGGGAAACAUGUAAGAAUUGACUGUGUACUACUUGUAUAUAUUGUAUAUUCUGUUAGAAAAUACUUUGGUAAAAGCUUUCGUAAAAGACUAAUUUUGAAUUGUAAAUGCAAUAUGUUAAGGUAGGAAGCUGGGGAAACCUGGACUCAAUACAUUUUGUUCAUAAAAGUUUUCUUACAGAGUACACAAGACACAGGCCUUCCCUGACCGGUCCCAGCAGCUGUGUACAGAUAAGAAAUCAGUAGGGCUUAGGACCACUGCUCUUGUCUUUUUAGAGUAGGGGCCUGUAGGAAUCCUACUUACUCCCAGAGAAAGAUCUUAGUUGGGACCUAACAGUUCUAUGACAUGGCUUUGUUUUCCUUAUUAUCUUGAAUUUCCAUUUGCUGAGAAAAAAUGGGAACUGUCUUCAAAAAGCACAUUGCUUUUAAAGGUUUCAAAGUUGUGUUUUCCAAUAACUUAAAUUGGUAAUUUUAUGAGAAUUCAAACAAGAUUUAAGAAGCCAUAACUUUACGUCUCAAAUACAUGGUGUUUUUGUGUUUUGGGCUCCUAUGUAACUGCAAAAAUAUCAAUAUUUUUGUCCUGAGUUAAUCUGUGGCUUUUGUGUACUUAACAAAUGAUGGCGGAAGAGCAGUGUUACUACUUACUUAUAAUUUGAAGAGUAUUUGAAUAAGAAAUGUUAAAUUUCUAAACUCACAUUUUACAUGAGGGCAUUUUCAAUGUAAUUUCAACUGAUUUAUGAUCUCAACAAGAAGUACAUAUGUCUCGAUAGAUCACUACCGUUCUUAUCAACAAACUCUUAAAAGUUCUGUAUUUUUAUGAAAGUUGUAAUGAAAAUUAAUGCCCUCUGUACUCAUUAUAACUAAGCUUUUUUAAAAAAAGGUAUUGAUUUUUUAACCUAAAUUGACUGAACAAAGUUGGAGGAAGGAGAAUUAUCAAGAUUAAUAUAUCAAGCAAUGAGUUGAAGGAGUUUGACUUUUCUUAUGGUUAUCGGUCAAAAAGAUUCAUGAACUAAAGACAGUUUUACUUGAGCCAAGAUGAAGAACUUUUAAGUUCUAACUUAAGUGGGAGAGAUUUCAGGAUGCUGAUAAUUAUCCUAUUGACACCAACAGCAAUUAAAUUCUUAACUUUGAUAGGAAUAUGUCCUAUCCAUGUGAAUUCAUGCCUACUAUGAUAAAAUUGGAAGUAAUAUUUCUGUAAAGAUUGGAGAAAUAAAGCCGUUACUAACAAUUCUGUACUUUAAAAGGGAAGGCUUUUUACUGUGAAAAACAGUAUUCUAUUACUUUUUCUGUAUUCUUCAAGUUCAUAUUAUAAUUCUAAAUAGUACAUAGAAAAAUAUUACCUGUUGAAUUGGAUUUAUACAUUUACAGAUAAACAGUUACUUUGAUAUUUUUGUAAGCAUUUGCAAAUGUAAAAUUAAAUUCGUAACAUCUGCAUUUUGAAAUCUGCAAUAUAAAUAGUACUACCCCAUAAAUAAAUCACCACAUAGUUAUACUUUAUAUUGGUACAUCUUAGUCUUUAAACAUCAUGGACAUGCUGAUAUUUUAAAAAAAUGCCCUGUUUGCAAAAUAUUUUGCAAAACAUUAAGAGAGGUGGUAUAGAAUGCAAAUACCUAUGAUGUAAUUUUUUAUUCAAGAAGUUUCUAACUUAAAACCAUACAUGUAAGUAUACUAAAUCAAGUGUUGUUUAGGUUUACUUGACAGAAGUUUCUGUAAAUUGUAUUUUAUAUUUCAAAAUAUAUCAUUGUACAUUAAAUGUGGAACUUCAUAGAUUUUUGUUACUGUAAGUCAAAUAAACAUCUACAGAAAG